CCGGCGUCUCGGGGUCCGGCCGCGACCUGGGUCCUGUCUGGCAGCGGGACUCGGGCGGGGCGCGGCGGCGGCGGCAUGUCGGGGCCGAACGGGGAGCCGCACGUGCCUGCGGGAAACGUCGGGCGGGGCGAGGAGGGGGACGAUGACGGCUUCGGGGAGACAGAAUAUGCAGCAAUAAACUCCAUGCUGGACCAAAUCAACUCCUGUUUGGAUCACCUGGAGGAGAAGAAUGACCAUCUGCAUGCCCGCUUGAAGGAGCUGCUGGAAUCCAACCGUCAGACACGCCUGGAGUUCCAGCAGCAGCUGAGUGAAGAGCAGAACAUGCAAGCUGAUGUGCAGGGACCACACACGGACAUCUAGUUCCUGCUGUUUGCUGGACACAAACUGUCAAAUAGUUUUUACUUCCAAUGGGACCUCCACUGUCUGUGGUUUAAUGUAAAAUUUGACUAGAAACGGUACUUGUUGUUGUGCAGUCCCUCCAGUGGUUAAAUGUUCUGCCCUUCUCUGUGUCUGUCUUGUUUUCUCUUUGUGACUGAUGCUGCAUCAGCAAAUAGGUGGGUGAGGGGAGAGAUGGGGAGUCGAUAUUUCCAGCUCCAGUUCUGAGCUGACAGUGACACCAUUAGAAGUGGGUAUGGGAAGCCUAUGCUGCAAGUGUGGGCAUUCAUGUAUAGGCCCCUUUUGCCACAAUUCAACUACCAAGGAAAGUGAUGACUGUUGUCCUGAGGACUGUCUAGAACUCUACCUCACAGACUUGUCUCCCCCAGUAAACUGGGCUUCUAAGCCUUACAGUUCUGGAGAUCCAUAGCAAAUGGUGGCUCCAUUCUAGCCCCAGACUUGCUCUCAGUGUUAACUGUGGGGAGGGUAAUAGGCUUCUUUUGGGGCUUAAAUCAUCUUGUUUCUUCAGCCCUGUGGCUGCAGGCUCCCUACAGUCUACACUUCAGUUAGGUUUACAAAAGUUCUGUGAUGAGAAAUGUUGGCUAAGUGACAGGACUCCAGUCCACACAUUCCCCCUUCAAAGCAAAUGUAAUGUAAGCUACCAUCAAGCUCUACUUAAUGGAGAGUAAAGAGCAGCUGAAUAACUCCUUAAACCACUGCUAGAGCCUCAGCAGUGGCUUUUGAGAGGUAUUACCAUAUAGCAGCCUAAUCCGCUCCCCUUGUCAUGUCACAGCCACAUGGUGAGAGGGGGUAGGAGGAUUGCCCAGCAAUGCUGUCAUGACAGAGUCCUUCCUGAAUGUCUGGGAGAUACAAACAUGUUUGUAAGACUGCAUGAGCACUGUAAGUCUGUGAAACUGCUUUGACCGUGUCUGUGGCUUCUGCUAGCAGGGCCCAGCAUUGUGAAGUGACUGUCAUUUUGUACAGUUAUAGUAUUUAUAAAGAAACUUUUAAUAAAUGAGCUUAAACUGAACGUCCUCCCAGAAGCAUUUCAGAGGCAGCCUUGCUUUAAGUGCUGAGAGAUCAAAUGACUGAGCUUCUUUCAUGUUCUAGUCUAAAACUGGGUCCUGAGCGACCCUGUUGCCUAGUGCACUGGCUUGAUUCGAUGGGAAAACAUUGUGAAAGUGCAUAAAUUGUGUUUGCAUGGGGCUGACUCAUCUGCCAGCAGUAAAAUUCUGCUCC